UUCAGUACUUCUCUUCAUACUACAACUUUGGAGACACAUCAGCAAAUGUUCAUUGCAGGCUGGUUUCAGACAUACACGUAACGAAUGAAGACACUGUGAAACAGAGUAAAACGUUUAAAGUUCUUCGGUCUUACGAGCAAUAUGACUAGCGGUGACGACAGAUGUGUCGACCGUGAGGUCUCCUCAAAAUAUGGCAAAAUGUCCCCUCAUUUGGAAGAACAAACUUCAAAAUAUUCGUGUGUGAAACCUUUCCAGUGUGGAAUGUGUUUGAAGUGUUUCUCCCACAAGUGCAAUAUCAAGCAGCAUAUGAGGAUCCACUCUGGGGGAAAACCAUAUCAUUGUGAUGUGUGCAGAAAGAGUGUUCAUCUAGAUUCUCUCUUGAAACAACAUAUGUUUGUGCACACUGAAGUUAAGAAUUUGAAAUGUGAGGUGUGUGCAAAACAUUUCCAAUUCAAUGCACACUUGAAAAGGCAUAUGCUCAUGCACACAGGUGUUAGAGCUUUCAAAUGUGAGGUAUGUGGGAAAUGUUUCUAUGACAGUUCUGGUUUGAAACAGCACAUGUUGGUUCACACUGGAGUUAAGAAUUUCCAAUGUGAGGUGUGUUCAAAAUCUGUCUCAAUCAGUUCCCAGUUGAAAAGUCAUAUGUUGGUUCACACUGGCGUCAGGUCUUUUAAGUGUGGGGUGUGUGCAAAAUGUUUCCUGACAACAUCUGACUUGAAGAGGCAUAUGUUGAUUCACAUUGGUGUUAAACCGUUUACGUGUGAGUUAUGUGCAAAACGUUUCUAUCACAGAUCUGGCUUGAAGCAGCAUGUGUUGGUUCACACUGGCGUGAAGUCUUUUAAAUGUGAGGUGUGUGCAAAAUGUUUCUCAUUAAAUUCUCACUUGAAAAGGCAUAUGUUGAUUCACACUGGUGUUAAGCCCUUUAAAUGAGUUGUGUGCAAAAUGUGUCUCUCGGAGCUCCCACUUGCAACAACAUAUGCUAGUUCACACUUUUGUGAAGCUUUUUAGUUGUGACGUGUGUGAAAAACGUUCCUCACAGAAGUCGCACUUGAAACAUCAUAUGUUGGUUCACACUGGUACCAAGUCCUUGAAAUGUGAGGUUUGUCAAAAAUCUUUCUCACAAAAGUACUUGAAAGGGCAUAUAGUGAUUCAGGCUGGUUUUAAACCUUUCAACAGACCUAGAUAAAACAAUGGUGGGGAGUGAUUAAUUGAUUCUUUAACUUCGAUUAUGUGAAGCCAAUGAUACGAUAUACAUUUAAAUUCAAAGGAAAGCUAAAAAUUACUCCUUUUUUAAAACUUGACUCAAACGAGUGAUGGGAACAGACAGCAAUAGCUCCUCUUAAACGAUGAGUACUGUAAAUGGGGAGUCACACAAUUCUAACAAGGACCAGCUUGAGUUUGGUGAUGACGAUAAGUUUUGUUGGGUUACUUCUUAAGUUGGGUUACGUCUCCUAAUUAAAAGUUAGUUUCUUACUUGAUAUAUUGAUAUAUUCUGGUGGACAGAAAUAACGGAACACACAAUCAGUAACAGCAAAUAUGGACUGCAACAAAAAUCUUCACCCACUGUUACUGUCAGUAUCCAGUCACACAUUACAUCUCUGAUAUUGGGCCCCUACCAGUCCAACCAAAGGGAACUAUAUAUUCCGUCUCCGUCUUUCUGUCUGUCCCACAUAUAUUUCCAGACCUUUUUUCACAAUGCCUCGGGGGGGGGGGGGGGGGGGGGGGGGGGAUAUGGAGCUGGAAUGUUUUACAUAACGUUAUUAUGUACAGACUCAGUUGCAUAUCUCGUUUUGAAUUUCCCAUUUACCCAUGUUUAUGCACAUAUCUGGUUUGUCUUUUAUGGUAAUGUAUUCAAGGGCUAUAACUCAGUCACAAGUCAAAUUUAUCCACAUAUAGUUGUGGCCCAUCAACUGAGAUAAAAAUUGUUGGGGCCUCUAUCUUUUCAGUAGAAUUCAGAGACUCUCAGAAUGCUUCUUAUGGCCUUGAUCUAGAGAGGAAAUAUGCUGGGUCUGGAAAGGAACAUGUAUUGUUUUUGCAGUACUCUCAGAAUGCUUGUUUACUUGGUGUUCAUCUUAUUACAGGUGAUGGAUAAACCUUUUCGCUUUUCUUUAUUAACUCUUGAAUAAAACAUAUUUAAACAAAAA